GCGGACACCUCUGUGCAAGACAAUUACCCAGCAUGCCUAUAGGCCGUCCUUUUCCUCCAUCUUCCCCGUACUGACGGUGAACUCAUCUGGAGAAUACUGACGAUGCCUGGAAGACUGUGGAGUAAGGCCAUCUUCACCGGCUACAAGCGUGGCCUGAGGAACCAGCGUGAGCACACAGCUCUCCUGAAGCUGGAGGGAUGUUACACCAGAGACGAGGUCGACUUCUACCUGGGCAAACGCUGCGCAUACGUCUACAAGGCCAAGAAGAACACAGUGACGCCGGGUGGUAAACCCAACAAGACCAGAGUGAUCUGGGGAAAGGUGACCCGGGCUCACGGAAACAGCGGGAUGGUCCGAGCCAAGUUCAGCAGCAACCUGCCAGCUAAAGCCAUCGGACACAGAAUCAGAGUGAUGAUGUAUCCCUCUCGAGUGUGAAGAGGAGCCGUCGUCUCUGCUGAUGUGGAUGUUGUUUGUACAGAAACAAUAAAAUGAUCAGGUCCAAA